GGGUGGAAGUGGCGGCCGCGCCGUUUGUAUUAUGUAGCAUGCGCCGCCGCCAGUUGCCUAUCUGGUGGGAUCAUGAGGCGCCUUGCAUGCUAGCAGUGCCAGUGCAACCCUCCUCGAGCUGACUCCUCCUAAGGAAAGAUGGAGUCAAACCUGAGCUCGCCAAACCUCACAGAGGACUGGAACAGCAGCGUGGUCGGGCCGUCCGAAGAGGAGGUGCAUCGGAGUUCGUUCACCUGGAACAACGUGAUCCUUGUGACGACCCUUAGCAUCGUCAUUGCAGUAACCAUGGUGGGCAACACCCUGGUAAUCGCAGCUGUGCUGACCACCCGCCGGCUGAGGACGGUGACCAACUGCUUCGUCAUGUCCUUGGCCGUGGCCGACUGGCUCGUGGGUCUGUUUGUGAUGCCGCCGGCCAUCGCCUACCAGGUCAUGGGUUCUUGGGAGCUGGGCUGGGUCUUGUGUGACAUCUGGGUGUCCCUGGACGUCCUGCUGUGCACGGCGUCGAUCCUCUCACUCGGCGCCAUCUCGAUCGACAGGUACCUGGCGGUGACGCAGCCCCUAAUUUACAGCAGGCGCCGCCGCUCCAAGAGACUCGCCCUCGCCAUGAUUCUGGCCGUGUGGCUCGCAGCUGCCGCCAUCACGUGCCCACCCAUCUUCGGCUGGUACGAGCACGGGCGUCACGAGAACAAAACGUGUCGCUACAACCGCAACGUGGGCUACGUCGUCUUCUCGGCGAUGGGUUCAUUUUUCCUGCCGCUGGUCGUCAUGUUGUAUGUCUACGCACGUAUCUCGUGCGUGAUCGCGCGACGCCUCGACCCUUUGGCCGCGGCCGCGCGCACCGAGAUUCCCGUCGAGCGCGCGCCCUCGUCGUCCGACAACCACGAACACCGCGGCUCGUACAUUUGGAUGUUUAAAUUUGAACGGAAAUUGGAAAGCGUAACUGUGGAAAAGGCAGAGGAGAGAAAACUUUCAAGGGCGUCGGCGUGCAACACCCCACAACUGCAGAGGCUCCACUCCUGUUGCUCCAAUCAACACGAAGUGCGGACAUUAAGUAGACACGCCGCAGCUCAAGGUCUGCAGAGCCACUCGAGCCGAGUGUCUUCGUUCCGGCGCGAAAGCAAAACAGCCCAGACGCUGCUGUUGGUGGUGGGCGGCUUCGUGGCCUGCUGGCUGCCCUUUUUCCUGCUCUACAUCAUCACGCCGUUCCUUCCGACGGCCCCGUCUCCUGACCUGCAGAGCUACUUCACUUGGCUAGGCUGGAUAAACUCGGCCAUCAACCCGUUCAUCUACGCCUUCUACAGCGCCGACUUUCGAGUGGCAUUUUGGCGGCUGACCUGCCAGCGUUUUUCCAAAUCACCGCGACCCUUUGCUCCGGCUGUGGCCGAUCCUCUGUACCACCACUCGGAACACAGCUCUGUUCGCCGCAAGCAGGCCCUACUGGUUACCUGACCCAAAGCACUUCAAUGAGACAUUCUCGCCGACUCGGCGUUGUGAAAAUAAGGACAAAACAACUUACAAACUAUUGGUUCCUUGAAGGUGACAAAAGAAUGAACUUUUUCAAAAAGUGAUCAGACGUUGAAGAAAUUUAUUAGUGAUGGAAAUGUUUUAGAUUUUAAACAGGUUUUAAAAUUUAAUGGUUGAUCUCUAUGAUGCCAAUGCAUUUUUAAUGUUUUUAAUGUUUUAUAAGCUCUAUUAAUAUUUAUAAUUUGCAUGUGAAAAUUUUGCAAUUAAAAAAAAAAACACGUAGUGAAACUACUUGAUCUUAAGUUGUGAUUCGGUAAGGGGAAGUUCUCGCUUUUGAUCAGAAUUACGAGCUUUUAUGGCGUUUGAUGUGCCAAUUCAAAAUAUUUAAAAAAAAAUUCACCCAUCUCGGAAUUAAUCUCACUCUAUGGAAUUUUAUCGUUCAACAGAUCUCAACCCAGUGUUAGAUGUUCCGCUCAAAGUUUGCGGCGUCCACUGGCUAACAUGUCUAGUCAUAUUAAUAGACUUGUACUUUUAAAUGUCUUAACACAAAAUUAAAUUCUAAUCGGAUGUAAGGGUAAAUUCUCUAGAAAAAAAACACCACGCCAGAAAAUUUUGUGUCAAAAUUCGUGGACCUGUAAUUAAUUGUAAGCUGAAUUUUCAGUCUAUAUGGAGCUGGUUCGAAAAAUAAGUAAUAUUAAUAAUUGUGCUGCAAUGUAAAAAAAAAAUCAAAAUGUGAUGUCAAAUUACAAAACAUGAUAGAAAAAAAAUAUAAUAAUUGUGUUGCGUGUGAAUCAAGCAAUCCUCUAUUAUAAAUGUUGGAAAAAAAUAUUAAUUGGCGGCUGUGAAUGUUGGAAAAAUAAAGCAAAUAUUAAAAAAAAAAAACUUUUAUUGUCGAAAGGUCAAAACUAAACACCAGCUUAUGAGGUGCUUUAUGCAACACGCGCGACAUAUUUGUCAUCCCGGUUGCAUAGAGCUUAAACUGGGGCAACUAGCCAGUCAAUAUAGCAGAGGGCCUCUCGGUCAUGUGCCACGUCGAACGGCACAAGCUGAAUUGUUCUUUUAAGUGUUGAGGAUCAAAGAUAUACCUUUAUACAAAGCAAAAAAUAUCCAGUUAUUAGUUUCUUAAUAAAAUAGUAAUAAGAA